UUUGGGACCGAGGGAAUAUGACGUUCCAUCAAAAGGUGGGUUUACUGCUACUCGUAUCUCAAGAGGAGAUUUGAUCGACAGUGUCUUGAAGGCUUGCAUACUCCCGAGGAAAAGUUUUCUGCUCUGUGUUGAACCAUCAAUCAAUCAUGCCUUCUUCAAUACUCUAUACUCUUUCAUUACCCAUUCAUCUUCAAAUAUUAGAAGAAAAAAGAAAAAGAUCUGAAUCUACCAAUUCUUCACCUGAAACGCAGGAUAUGUCCCAAAUUUCUACUCUCACAGAAAUUUCUACUCUUACUCUUGCUCAUACUCCGAUUUAUUCAAUUUCAGCUCGAAAAAGAAAGAGAUUUAUGAUAGAAGAACAAGUUAGAAGACUAUCGGAGAUCAGAUCCACAAGAUUUUCAAGAAUUUCAGUUGAAAAAAACUAAAGAGCUAGAGCCAUUGCCAUCAUUCAGUAUUGGACUAACACAAAUGGAAGAGGAGGAAAGGAAAGAAACAAAAGAGGCUAAGGGCACAGAAAAAAACAGCACAUAAAGAUGAGUAAAAGAAAGAAACAAGAGAAUGAAGAACAAUUGGAGGAGGAGCGGAAAGAAGAGGCUAAAAGCAAAGAAAAGAAUGAAGGAAGUUCAGAUGAGGAAAAUGCAAAGCAAAGACUGAGACAUAAGAUGAGUAUACCUAAGGUAUAUGAUCUUAUGAAUUCAGUACAUGGAAAACAAAGAAAGGAGGAGAUCAUUAACUUAUUGAAUGAAAGUGGCUUUGGGGGAUUGGUUCAUAUCUGCAACUGGAACAGAGUCCACACUUUCUUUGUGGAUUGGAUAGUUAAAAACUUUGACAAAGAGAACAUGUGGAUAGCAUUAAGCAAGACCGAGGUACUUCCAUUGAAAGAGGAAGAUGUACAUCGGGUCUAUGAGCUUCCAAUGGCGGGGAAGCAGAUUAACAUUGAUCUCUGCUCCGUGGAAGCAAUUAAGAGAUUGAGGAUAGAAUUAGGGCUGAAUGGAAAUUAUUCUGCUUCUGUGAGGGUGACUGAUUUUGAGAGAUUAUUGAAGACUCAAGAGAAUCCAAAAGCUUGGGUGAAGGGUGCAAUAUGUUUUAUAAUUCACAAAAUUUUGUGCCCAACUAAUAGUAGCUUCGUCUCUCUCCAAUAUGCACAAAUAUUAGAAGAUCCAGCUGGGGUAUCUUCUUAUAACUGGUGCUCGCAUGUUCUUGAGUAUAUGAAAGAAGGCUUGCAAACUCCGGAAGUUGCAAAUCCAUUAGCGGACUUCCACUUCCUAAUGAAAUGCAUCUUGAUCAUUGUAGGUCUUGUAUACGGAUCUACACUACAACUGCGGAAACCUUGGAAAGAAGAAUAGCUGAGGGAAAUGUUGGAACUUCUGUGAAAAAUGAUGCAGUUACAACAGAAACAAACACAUCCAAGGAAAAUCCGAUUGAAGUGCGACCUGAACCCGAGGAGUAUAGAAGUUUGAGAACCCGAAAAAGAAAAUCAUUCAUACCACAAUCAAGCACUCGAGGGGGAGAAAGGUUGAAUAAUGACAAAGAUGUAGCUGAUGAGAUGGAUGACAAAAUCAGGUUGAAUAAUGAGGAAAAUGAAAAAGAUCUUUCUUUUACACAGGAAAAAAUCUUGAAGUAUCCUGAGUUUUUUGAUGACGGAGGAGAAGCUUCGAAUGCAAAUGAAUCAGUUAAGCCACAAUGUGAUGGAGGCGGAGAAACCAGAGAAGUUUCGAGAUUUUUUUGAUGGGGGAGAAGCUUCGAAUACAGGUGAAUCGGUUAAAACAGAAUGUGAAGCAAGCACUGUGAAGCAAGCAAACUUGAUGUUAGAGGAGAACCCGAAGGAGCAGAAGCCUUUGGAACCUAACAAACACUUUAUUAUAGAGGCAAUUCCGUUAAGGUCGGUGUUAACAGAUGCAAUAAUCGACUUGGAUAAUGUCCAAACUGUGCAGAUUAAGAAAAGAAAGAAGCAUGAUAUGCUUUAUUCUGGUGGCACAUACCCUGAGCGUAGGAGAGCUGUGAAGAAAUCAAAAUACCUUGCAAGCCCCUAUGAUGAAGCUGUAUAUGAGUCAAAUGCAAGUAAGAUGCAGAAGGACAUAUCAACAUUUGCAUGGAGCAUUUCACAUGAUGAGGAGGAGCUUUUGUAUUGCUCGGAUAACAAGGCUCAUGCUUUCAGUCUACAAAGGAGAGACUUGUGGUCACUUCAAAAAGACGAAUGGGUGUCAUGCUUUGUGAUAAAUGCCUGGGUCAAUUGCUUGAACUGGAGUCAACCAAAUGAAAAAAUGACACGACUGGUUACACCAUUCAUAAAUUAUGUUGACUUGCAAAGACCUGAUGCCCUAAAUAUAAUGAAAGAUUCAUUGAAAGACUAAAAAAGUUCAAAUACAUGGAUUGGAAGGCUAUUGACCCUACAUGUUUAGAAUAUAUAAUGACCCUAGCACUAAUUGGAGAUCCGGGUUUUCAUUAUGUAUGCUUCGUUGUGAAUCUCAAGAGCCAAAAAUUUCAAUUCCUGAACAGCUUGAAAGGAGAGACAUUGAACAUGAAGAAUGGCGAAGCAACUGUGUACAAGAAGAUGCUUGAAGUGUGGCUGAAGGAGGUGGAAGCAUUUGUGACUGAAUUGUAUAUGAAAAGAAAAAUCACAAUGCCUUUCCAGUUUAGCACAUUCAAGUGGGAAACACCAAAGAUGCCUAAUCAAUGUGAUAAAACAGUUGUGGAGUCUUUUGCAUGAAGUUUCUUGCUGAAUGGGACGGUGGCAAUACCGAAAUGGAAUCGUUCAAAGAUUGGUCCAAAACAACGAGAAAGCAUGGGAAGAAUGUGAGGGUUGCAAAAACUAUGGAUUUGAGAAUUGGAAUUUGUUCAACAAUAUUAAGCGAUUCAAGCAAUAGCAAAAGAAACUAUGUGGAGAAGGCUGCAACCUCAUACUAUAAAGAAUUGCUUCAAAAGCUAACACCGGAUUAGUGUUAAUGUUUUUUUUUUCUAUUGAGUUUGUAUAAAAACAAAUAUUGUUGAACAAAUUUAUGAUGUUUAUGAAUUUCUGAAUCUGUGUUAAUGCUUCAAAAGAUGUUUAUGAA